GAAACACAUGUCGCCAGUUCUAAUUUAAGAUCUCGCUGUUGAGCAAACAUAUUGGGAAUGACAUUGUGUAGGAUGUUUGUGCAUGACUAUGCCCGACGACGCACAUAAAACGCUGCAUAAUCAAAUAUUGACGAAGAGGCGACUACGGACUCCGGAGCUGUGCUUAUUUGUCUGCGUCUGGCAUAUUUGCUCUGAAACUGAAACUGAAACUGACAAGCCCAAUGCGCAUGAAAUCUCCUGCUGUGAUUUACCUAAGCAAGUGGUUAACUAACCGCUGGAUGAGGGCACUAUAAAAAGCGGUGCAUAUCCUGCUGGAUGCCCAAACGCAAGUUGUAACUGCUGCUGUGCUGAACGAAACAGAAUGGAUCGCAAUUUACUAAGGUUAGCUCUGCUUCUAAUGCUGAGCAGUAUGCACAUCUCAACGCUGCUGGCGGAUGAGGAGCGCUACAUGGAGAAGGACUUCAAUCGGGAUUUAAUGGAUUGGCUCAACAAUGCGGCACGCUAUGCGCCCAUACCCGUGCCCGCUUCGCUUUGCAAGUAUCCCUACCAAAUGCUCAACUCGCUGUCGAUGCCUUUGCCCAUGCGUUUGCCCAAACGCAACUCGGAGCUGAUAAACUCGCUGCUUAGUCUGCCCAAGAAUAUGAACGAAGCUGGCAAGUAGUAGAACGAUGCAAUGGAAUUCAGUUAUAUGGCCCAGAGAACAAAGACGACUUAUGUCCAAGUACAUGUAAAAUUUAAGUAGACGUGCAGCAUAAAAAAAGCCAAAAAAAAAGAAAGAAAGAAAUUGUGUUUCAAACCUUAGU